CGCUGCUGCAGGGACGGCCUGCUGGGGACGGCGGCGUUUCUGCGACCACGUCAGUGCGUCGGGGAUGGCGGCGGCUGAGGCGGAGGUGGCUCUCAGGGCUGAAGUGGGCGUUCGGGUGGUGCUGUUCACGGCCUUCCUAGACGCAUCCAGCCGGAGGAGAUGUGGCUGUACCGGAAUCCGUACGUGGAAGCCGAGUAUUUCCCUACCAAGCCGAUGUUUGUGCGUAGAUAACAUCCCUCUGCCCGCUGCCGCUGCGCUGCGGUACUUCUCGGUCAUUGCGUUUCUUUCUCCGCUGUCUCUGAUCUUCCUGGCCAAAUUUCUCAAGAAGGCAGACACAAGAGACAGCAAACAAGCCUGCCUGGCUGCCAGCCUCGCCCUGGCUCUGAACGGGGUCUUCACCAACACGAUAAAACUGAUAGUGGGAAGGCCACGCCCAGACUUCUUCUACCGCUGCUACCCCGAUGGGCUGGCCCACUCAGACCUGAUGUGCACAGGGGACAAGGAUGUGGUGAAUGAGGGCCGGAAGAGCUUCCCCAGCGGACAUUCCUCCUUUGCAUUUGCAGGUCUGUCCUUCGCGUCCUUCUACCUGGCAGGAAAGUUACACUGCUUCACACCACAAGGCCGUGGGAAAUCUUGGCGGCUCUGUGCCUUUCUGUCACCUUUGCUCUUUGCAGCUGUGAUUGCACUGUCCCGAACCUGUGACUACAAGCAUCACUGGCAGGAUGUGCUAGUCGGAUCUAUGAUCGGCACGACAUUUGCCUAUGUCUGCUACCGGCAGUACUACCCUCCUCUGACUGACGCCGAGUGCCAUAAACCACUCCAGGACAGGCAGGUGCUGCAGGCUGCACAGAGAAAGCCUGGUGACUCCCACUGUCUGGAUAUUUAGAAGCUACGUCUACCUCAGUGGAGAGUAAGGCCAAUCAGGCUUCCUAAGGAGACCAUGCACAAGACGAGGACUGGCCUUUCCACCCUUUCACACAGCCACGUUCUUUUCUGGCCGCACCUGGCAUGGCUGUCGGCAGGUCCCCAGCUGCUGAGGGAAGUGCUCCGCUGGACUGGCACUCCGAGAUCUAGUGCUUUUCAAUUUAACUGAAAUGCCACUCUUGGAAGGCUAUUUUCACAAAGAACUAUUUCAUCAUGGGAACUUGAGUUAAUUACCAAAACUUAAUUUGUUUCUCAUAAUUCAAAGCCUUAAAAUCUAGGUCAUGACCUUUGUUUCUGUUUAUUUCCCCUGGUGACAGUUCCAUCAAGCAUUAAAUAGGAAAACGUCCAGUUUUGGCUAAUUUACCACUGUUAUGCCUGUCUUACCUGACCUCAACCAUCUGGUAUUGCUGUCUGUUUUGAACAGUGUGGGCAUAAACAAUUUGUUGUUUUUCUGUUUUUAUUUUUGGAACCAAGGAUCAAACUUGGGAGCUUGUGCUUGCAAAGCAGGCAGCGGAACCACUGAGCUAAAUCCCCGGCCCAUAAAGAAUUUGUUGAACUGCUAAGAAAAUAGUAAAAAAGAAAAUGGUCAAUGUGGUUUCAACACUAACAACAGAUGACUGUUUCUACCUCAUUUGUCCUUGUGCUCAGGACCUCCUUGCCCAAACAUUCUGCCACCUGAUGAAGGCAGGAAAAAAAAUGACAGCUCUCAUUAUGUGGAGGAAAAAUGAGUUUCUGUCUCCUUCAUAGGACCUUACAAUUUCCUCUUUCUUGUGAUUUUGUGGGGAGGGAAGGUACCAGGGAUUGAAUUCAGGACCUUGCGCUUUUGAGGUAAGCGGCGGCUGAGCUAAAUCUCUGGCCCUUGUGAUUAUAUUUUAAAUGACCAUGUCUUACAUGUAUCUUCCUAUAAAAUCAUUAAUGCAUUUUUUCCCCUUCAGUAAGCCUGAUAGUCAAAUAAUAUGAUGAAAUGUGUUUUGUCCUUAGGAAACCAUUCAGGGACUGGAUAGAAAAACCAGCCUGCCCGUCUACUGUGAUGGGACCUCGGUCACCUAGACUGCUGGCUGAUGUCUACACAUGCCAAAGGACCACCCAUGCUUGCCUUAAUACUGCCGUGCUUCAGAUUCUGAACUACACCUGCCUAUGGCAAUAAGAACACUAGUAAAGGGGGAAAAACUAAUAGUUCUUUGACCAAAAUUUUAUUUCCUGAACUUAUUUUGGUAAUAUAUAGGGGAAGAGAAAAUAGUUACUGUAUUGGGUCUAUGAUAGAUGAGGCCAGGUAAGAGUAGGCAACUAAUUAGUACAAUUUUAUUUCAAUAUUUAUCAAAGUUUUAAAUAUAAUUAUGUAAACAAACAUUUCAAAAGUGCAAAAUAUUAGCUAAUUAAUGCUAUUAAUCUUUCCAUGAAAACAACCUCUCACUGAGAUAAGCAGUAUGAGUUCUGUAAGCUGGGAAUAUAUACAAAAUGAUGUUAUAUUGGAGUUUAAAAGUAGGCUUGGUCAAGAGAUUGCAUGUU